AUGUCUGGAGUCACAAACAUUCAGAACUCAUCCGCCGUCGCCAGAGUCUUUGGGACGCCAGAGCUACUUGAGAUGAUUCUACUAGAGGUGGCCCAUUCCGAUAUCGAAUUUGCUAAGAAGAAUUCCAAGACUCGAAGCAUGUACAACUGGCGCGGCACGGUGUCGAAUGGCACGCUUGAGGUCUCACAUCACCUAACUUCACACUUCAUGUGGACUCCAAUCAUCCUUCAAGCCGUAUCUCGCUGCUUUCAAGACACUAUUAAUGGUUCUUCGCGACUUCUCCGUCUCCGAUUGAGAGCUAUACCGCGUCAUGUACCCUGGGAACCCGACCCUUUCAAAAUUGGCGACAAUCGAGGUCCAAUACACUGGCUUGAGCGGAAGCUGGGUGUUUACGCUCCGGAUUGGUCAAGAAUCAACAACGGUGUGCUAGGACUUCACGUCAAGGUCUCGGGCUACCACGAAAAGCAGCGUGUCAAGCUGCAUAACGACAAGCAAGGCUCCUGGCGUACGAUUCCGUGCAUUGAGAAGCCAGGUGUCGUCUCGAAGGUUGUCGUCCACUUGUACAAGGUGUACUCGAAGCAAAUACCGCCACAUCGUCGUGUGGGUCGUGGAGCAGCUUACGCGUACUACCGCAGAACUUUGUGCAGCUGCGACAUUGGUCCUAGACCGACUUUAGGCGAGAUCUUCGAUGUUAUCGACGCUGCGGAGUCUCUCUAUUGCUCCUUUCCGCUAAUUUGCAAAGAGGGUGGCGCAAAAUGUCAGUGUUAG